CCAUUGUUGGCCGAAGAAAAAUUCAUAACACCAUAUUCAAAGUCAGUGCGUCUCUAGUCACUGGUGUCCUAUAAUACGUUAGUCAACGAAGCAUAUCAAGUCCUGAGAAGACUGGAAUUCAGGUAACUCAGCUGAUCAGUGAACCAUUAACCAUCUGGAUCUUCGCCGGAGAAAAGAAGCAGACAGAACUUCUUCUGCACUUGAAUUUCGGAGAAGGAGAACUCUUCAGAAUCCAAAUGAAGGCGAAAACGGUAAAAGGAAACUGGAGCUGGAGGACAAAGAAGUUCGCCCUGCCUUCUGUUUUUCUCAUAUGCAUCUUCUUCUUUCUCGCUGGAUUCUUCGGCUCUAGUCACUUCUCUCAUUCUAAGGAAGAUCUGUAUGGCGUGAGGCCGAGACCGAGGUUGCUUGAAUCGGCGACGGCAGAGACUGAUAAUUAUUUGCUGCCUGCUGGAGACUCCGGUGAUGAUUCUUUUACCUCGAUUCCUUUCCAGGUUUUGAGCUGGAAACCUCGUGCUCUAUAUUUUCCUAAAUUUGCAAGUGCAGAACAAUGUGAAAGCAUAAUUGAUAUUGCGAAGGCAGGCCUCAAACCGUCAACCCUGGCAUUACGCAAAGGAGAAACAGCGGAGAAUACUAAAGGCAUUAGAACAAGCACAGGUGUUUUUCUUAGCGCUUCUGAAGACAAAUCUGGGACUUUAGAUGUCAUAGAGGAAAAAAUUGCCAGGGCGACUAUGAUUCCCAGAAGUCACGGGGAGGCAUUCAAUAUUUUGCGCUAUGAGAUCGGACAGAGAUAUAAUUCUCAUUAUGACGCUUUCAACCCUUCCGAAUAUGGCCCUCAAAAGAGCCAAAGGGUGGCUUCUUUUUUGCUGUAUUUAACCGACGUUGAGGAAGGUGGGGAGACCAUGUUUCCAUUUGAGGAUGGCCAGAAUAUGGAUGGCAGCUACAAUUACGAGGAAUGUGUGGGCUUACGGGUAAGGCCUCGCCAGGGAGAUGGGCUCCUAUUUUAUUCACUGUUUCAUAAUGGCACAAUUGACCCGACAUCACUUCAUGGGAGCUGCCCUGUGAUAAAAGGGGAGAAGUGGGUGGCAACAAAGUGGAUAAGGGAUCAAGAACAAUACGAUUAGAUGUAUUGUACCAUAGAUUGCGAUGCAAAAUUCUAAGUUGAUCCUGGUUUUCAUUUCUCUGGAUCUUUGAUUCAGGUUCAUUUCUGGCACUCUUGUAGGGUAAUACAAAUAAAACUUUUGACGGCUUUUCGGCAGCAUAGUUUUGAGUUUUUUGGGUCUAGUGAAAUCACGGGGGGAAAUGUGAACAUCAGAUGCUGAUAAUGUACAGGAAGAAUACAGAUAAUCACCAUCUUAUGAACUUUUUCAACAGCUUGUCAAAAGCGUAAUAACCUGUUAAUGGCUUUAUAGAUUUCAAAUUCUA